AUGCCGGCAGAAAACAUCUCAAGCGAACCAGCAGUACCAUCAUGGAUCAACGGGUCUUUCAUACAGAAAGCCCUGCAAACCGCCGAAGACAAACACCUAAAAGUUCUCAGGGUGGCCGUGAGCGCUGCUCUCGCGUCCGGCGAGAACUACCUCAGCACACUCUAUCGAGUGAAAGCCGUACUUGAAGAUGGCACCCAACGAUCUCUAGUGGUGAAAAUUCCGCCACCAGGGGAAGCAUUAGCCAAUCUUUGUAACAAAAAUGGGUAUUUCAACCGUGAGGCGGUAAUGAUGGCAAAUGUCGUCCCGAAGUUGGAGGUGAGAAAUGAGGACUUACCUCCAUACCGCAAAUUUUUAGAUUCUAAAAUACGCAUCUUAGAUAUCUACAUUGCCAAGCCUGAUAUUUUGACUGACGAAGAUUCUGUAGAUGAAGAUAAGGGAGGAACUGUUGACAACUUGACUGGCAGGCAGCGUUUGGCUGAUACAGAAAUCAGGUUUACGAAAGAAAAAUUAGUGGAUACUGAUUUUGACAAGUUUCAGGGCACACACACUUGGAUUGAAGAAGAUUUUGAAAAUACUGAAAAAGCAUUUCCUUUCUCAAAUUAUUCAUAUUUUUCUGACAAAUCACAUCUCAGCCACGUGGCCUCCCCUGUGUUGGACAUCCUGUAUUUCCUGAGCACCAGUCCCAGUGCGGAAGUCUCUGAGUUUCAUGAAGAUCUUCUGCUAAGAGAAUACUAUGCAGAGCUCCAGAGGACCAUGGAUCUCUUAGGGAUGCAGGUAUUCUCACACGCAAGCACACACGAGCACACAGAAGGCUGCAUGCGAGAGCACAUACAAGAAACAAUAACUAAACGUGUAGAUCAGAAAGGCACGUACAGCACGCACAAGAAAACAUAUAGAGGGGAAAAAUAUGACCAACACUCACAAACAACAAAAGCACAGCAACAGCCAUAG